CUUGGGACUGUGAGCACAUCACUAUGACGUGAGAUCAGCGCAACUGGGCACAUCAGUUCUGUGGGAACAAGUCAACGUGGCCUGUCUCGCCCAUCGUGCUAUUGCAGAGGAAGCCAUGGUAAGGCCACUCCUCGCAUACGCGCCAACGAGGUGCCCACCACUUUGCAUUUCGUUGCAAUAAGAACAGUGCGCAUGGGCCGUCCCUGCGCUGCCAACGCCCCCGUGGCCGCCUGCAAGUCGUAUGUCGAAGUCAAGACGAAGAAGUGGACGUUCUAUGUGUGGAAGCGCAGCUUCUUGCACUUGAGAAACGAAGUCCUGACGGUGUACCACGACAAAGCCGAUUGCGACAAGCACAAGUUUGCCAAGCGAUUCACGGCGCUGCGUGGAUGCAAGUGGGCAGACAAGGAAUGGGGAAUUAAAAUCGAGACCAAGGAAGCUGGGUGGCUCCAUGGCGUGGUCCACACCAAGGCUGAAUGGGCGACGUGGCUGCAUGCGUUUGUCGACCUCGACCAUGCACUGAACCGUCCCGACCACCGCAUGGAACGACUUCGUUCCCCAUUCGACGUUAAGUUGGUUGCAGCUUCCCUUAAGGACAAUGCUGACGAUUGUGGCAUGUCAAGCCCAGAGCGCAGAGUCUCGUUCAAUAGUGGUGUCCGAGUGCGGACGAUCCCUGCUUUGAAUCUUGACGACAAGAGCGAACUGUUUUACAGCGAUGCUGAACUCGACGAGAUGAAGGAAGAGGGAUCGAUGGCCGGGGCUGUGGUGUCCACACCACGGUCAUUGCCACACAUUGCAUGACACUCAUGGCAUUUCCCAACAGAUAACUUUAUCGCAACAACAUUUGCAGUGAUUCACGUCCUUGUUCAUUUCGUCCGACCGACAAUCAUGCAUAGCUUCGGGUGUCUUGGAGAACACGGCGGUAGUGCUGAAAGUGCGUAUGCAGUUUUUGAAUAAAGUAGUGGUCGCUA